AGCCUGGUUUUUAUUAUGACUAUUUUUUACACCAUUUUAUAACAGCUUAUAAGAUAUAAAGAAUUUUUAAUUCUUUAUAUCUCAAAAACUUUAAAACUCUUAACAUCACAGUGACAUCACACCAAGUUUCCAAAUUGUGUUAAAACCUGGAAUUAAAAUAAAUUUAACUGGGAUUAUUUCUCAUGAAUUUGCACGAAAUUAAUCAAUAUAGAUAUCAGAAUUAUUUUGAGAUAAUAAAUGAAUAAGUUGUGGCUACAGCGCCAUAUUUUUCUCUUGCUAAUGAAGAAUGAAAUCUAUAGCAUGUUGUCAGUAGCUGGUUUUAUGGAGAUUAUUUCGCCCCCUAGUGGAAUAACAGAGUAGUGCUCAUCUCGUUACAGUCAACAAGAUAAUUGAAAUAAAGCCCGGAUUCUAAAUUUAUUCAAUGAUUAGAGCCUUUAUCUGUCCAGUCCUGGCCCCGCCCUAUGCCCUGUACCCUGUCUAGCCUUAUAAUGCCUCAUAAACACUGAAAGUUCCCUGUGGCGUACCUUGUGCCAUCGUUUUUGUUGUUUCUCUCUCAGAUGGCGUCGGUUAAUGAGCCUCAUUAUGGACACAGAGACUCGGUGGAUCAGACCUUUGAUUACAUGUUCAAGAUCCUGAUCAUCGGGAACAGCAGCGUGGGAAAGACCAGCUUCCUGUUCCGCUACGCUGACGACUCGUUCACACCGGCGUUCGUCAGCACCGUCGGCAUCGACUUCAAGGUCAAAACCAUCUACAGGAACGACAAGAGGAUCAAACUGCAGAUUUGGGACACAGCUGGUCAGGAGCGGUACAGAACGAUCACUACAGCAUAUUAUAGAGGAGCAAUGGGCUUCAUCCUGAUGUAUGACAUCACCAACGAGGAGUCAUUCAGUGCUGUUCAGGACUGGUCCACUCAGAUUAAGACGUACUCGUGGGAAAAUGCUCAGGUUCUGUUAGUGGGAAAUAAGUGUGACCUGGAGGAGGAGAGAGUCGUCACUGUGGACCGAGGGAGAGAGCUGUCCCAACAACUCGGUCUGGGGUAUUUAGAGGCGAGUGCAAAGGCUAAUGUUAACGUGAAGCAGACGUUCGAGUGUUUAGUCGAUCUGAUCUGUGAGAGAAUGAAGGAGAAUCCGGACACACUGACCAACAGCAGCGUCCCACAGGCAGCGGAUCUGAACAAACAACCACAUCGUUCACACAAAGACUGUGCAUGCUGAACACAUACACACACACACACAGACACACACACACACACAUUUUUUUUAACAAAUUCUCAAACUGAAUGUCACAACAGGAAGCUCGCCGCAAUUUAAUUAAAUUCUUUAUUUGUUGGUAAAUAAAAUUAGACACGAUAAGUGUUAAUGUGAAAGAAUAUCCCCAAAGAGUACUAGCUAACUAACCUCCUAGCUUUGUGAAAGGAUUUUAUUAUAUUUACAAAAACUGAAUUUUGGAAAAAGAGAACCAAGAAAUUUUAUAUCAUUUCAACACAACUGUCAAGUUUAUUUAUUUAUUUAUUUAUUCGCUUGUUGUUGUCUGUAGCUAUGAGUUGACACUGUUCUGUAUGAAACCGUCACCAAGUGAAUCAAUCAGAAGUAUAUUUCUGGACUGAUGUAUAAAUAUAAAACCAUUCUUUAGUAAAGAUUCUGCUAUAAUGUGAUUUGUAAAGUUAUUUUUUAGGAAUAAAUAUCUUUAACUAACACGCUAAUGAUGGAGGAUUUCUCUUAUUUUAAACAAAAACACUGCAGUUCCGCUUCAUUAACAAACACUAACUAGUUUAUUGUGUCAAAAAACCAAGUCAACACUCAGCAGGAGCUUACUGCGCAUGUGCAGAAGUAAGCUACAGUACAUCGGGGAGACACUAGAGGGCAGAGAAGAGUGAGGAGGAAGAGAGAGAGAUGCAAAUAACAUACUGUG